AUGGGAGUGAUUGCUCACAGGAACAUACACACUGUCGGGCCUAAUGAGGCCCUCAUCAUCUCUGGUGGGUGGUGUGGCGCCACCACCAAAAAGAUGAUCAUUGGAAGCUGGGCUUGGGUUUGGUGGGCGGUCAACGACGUCCAGGUGUUGUCGCUGGAGAUUUUUUCGCUGAAACCUAAAUGUGAAAAUGUGGAGACCGCCGAAGGUGUGCCACUGUGCGUCACUGGAAUUGCACAAUGCAAAAUCAUGACUCAGAGGGAGUUUUUAACACUGGCUGCUGAACAAUUUCUUGGCAUGAGCAUUAAACAGGUGAAAGCCGUCCUCUUAGAGACACUGGAGGGCCACCUUCGAGCAAUUCUAGGCACGCUGACAGUUGAAGAAAUUUACCGGGAUCGUGAUAAGUUUGCACAACUAGUGCGUGAAGUUUCAUCGCCUGAUUUGGGUCGCAUGGGAAUUGAAGUGAUCUCUUUUACCAUCAAGGAUAUUUAUGAUACAGUAGAGUAUUUGGCUUCCCUUGGCAGAGCUAGAGUUGCAGAGGUGAAACGUGAUGCUCAAAUGGGAGUGUCUCUCGCCGAAAGAGAUGCUGGCAUUCAAGAGGCAAUGUGCAAGAAGGAAUCAAUGGACAUCAGGUACUCCACUAAUGCAAACACUGAAGAUGCAAAACGAAACUACCAAAUGCAGAAAUCACACUUUGAUUCAGAGGUGAACACACAAAAAGCGGAGACACAGCUUGCCUACGAGCUGCAGUCAACAAAGAUUCAGCAAAUGAUUCGCAAUGAACAGAAGCAGGUUGAACUGGUUGAACGUCGAAAACUGAUUGAGAUUCAAGAAAGUGAAAUUCAACGAAAGGAAAAAGAUCUUUUUUGCGCUGUCAAUCUUCCCACAGAAUCGGAAGCUUAUCAACUUCAAAUGGAGGCAUUGGGCCAUAAAAACGCAAAAAUUGCAAUGGCUGAAGCAGAAGCGUUGCGCAUUCGAAUGAUUGGAGAAGCUGAGUCAAAACGAAUUGAAAUGAUUGGUGCAGCUGACGCCGAGGCGAUGAAGAUCCGAGCACAAGCGCUCUCUCAGUUUAACGAUGCAGCAGUUCUCUCACAGGUGCUGGAAGUGAUGCCCGAGUUUGCCCGACUGGUGGCUCAGCCACUGUCCCGAACUUCGGAGAUCAUCAUCAACUCGAGCACCAAUGAAGCCACUGUGGCAAAUGGCAUCAACAGCUUCCUAGCACAGGUGCCCGCCUCUGUGAAGGCGCUCAGUGGCAUUGAUCUCAACGCGUACAUGUCCGGCAAGAUGGCCCCUUCUGAUGCUCCAGUUAAGGUAUCUGUCUGA